UCUCUCUCCUCGGCUUUCCCUAUAAAUUCGAUCUGUCGGUAUCCACCUUAUCAUGCAAUUCUCUCUCUCUCUCUCUAGAUCAGCACAACACAGUAAGGAUUCUCAGGUCUUUGAAGAUAUUUUCUUCUCUGUAAUCUGCAAAACUCAAAUCGACUCACAAGGGUGUGGGAGGUCUCAACACAUGGGUUCUACUCCUAAAUCAGUUGUUGAUUUGAUAGAAGCUUCAUCAGGGGCUCAUUUUUCUGGAUUUCACUUGGAUGGGUUGGAUCCAAGAAAUUCAGAGUUGGAGCAACCAACAACCUCAGCUGCAGAACAUUUGCAUAAGCAACCUUUUGUCAUUGGAGUUGCUGGAGGUGCAGCAUCAGGAAAGACUACAGUUUGUGAUAUGAUUAUUGAGCAACUUCAUGAUCAGCGUGUUGUACUUGUUAACCAGGAUUCUUUUUAUCACAAUUUGACCCUAGAGGAACUUACAAGAGUUCAUGAAUACAACUUUGACCACCCUGAUGCAUUUGACACCGAGCAACUAUUAUGGGCUAUGGAGAAGUUGAAGCAUGGGCAAGCAGUAGAUAUUCCGAAGUAUGAUUUCAAGAGUUACAAAAACAUUUUUCCAGCUCGAAGGGUAAAUCCCUCAGAUGUGAUAAUUUUGGAAGGCAUUCUCAUUUUCCAUGAUCCUCGUGUGCGAGAUCUGAUGAGUAUGAAGAUUUUUGUUGAUACAGAUGCUGAUGUCCGCCUGGCAAGGAGAAUAAGGCGUGAUACAGUUGAAAAGUGUAGAGAUAUCAAUAUGGUACUUGAUCAGUAUUCAAAUUUUGUGAAACCUGCUUUUGAUGACUUUAUACUUCCAACAAAGAAGUAUGCAGACAUUAUCAUUCCCCGUGGAGGAGACAAUCAUGUAGCUAUUGAUUUAAUUGUCCAACAUAUUUGUACAAAACUGGGUCAACAUGAUCUUUGUAAAAUAUAUCCUAAUAUUUAUGUCAUUCAGUCAACUUUUCAGAUUCGUGGUAUGCAUACUCUUAUACGUGAUGCUGAAACAACAAAACAUGACUUUGUUUUUUAUGCUGAUCGUUUGAUUCGUUUGGUUGUUGAACAUGGUCUGGGGCAUCUUCCAUUUACAGAAAAGCAGGUGAUCACUCCAACUGGUUCUGUAUAUACUGGUGUGGAUUUCUGUAAGAGGUUAUGUGGUGUCUCCAUAAUUAGGAGUGGUGAGAGUAUGGAAAACGCUUUGCGGGCAUGUUGCAAAGGUAUUAAGAUUGGGAAGAUUCUUAUUCAUAGAGAAGGUGACAAUGGACAACAGCUGAUAUAUGAAAAACUGCCAAAGGACAUUUCAGAUAGGCAUGUACUACUAUUGGACCCUAUCUUAGGCACAGGGAAUUCGGCCGUCCAAGCUAUAUCUUUACUGAUUAAGAAGGGUGUUCCAGAGUCCAACAUCAUAUUCCUUAAUCUGAUCUCUGCACCUCGAGGAGUUCACGUGGUUUGCAAACGUUUCCCGAGAAUAAAGAUUGUGACCUCAGAGAUUGAAACCGGUUUGAACAAAGAUUUCCGUGUUAUACCCGGCAUGGGUGAAUUUGGUGAUCGAUAUUUUGGCACAGACGAUGAUGACGACCAACAAGCAGUGAUGGUUCCUCCACAAUAAUUUUGGGAGAGUUUGUUAACAUUUUGGUCGUUCCAUCCUAUAAUCAUUCCCAACAAGGAUCACUACCGGAGAGUUAUAUUAUAGAGUAGUGAGCCGAACUUGUUUGAUGGACAUUAUCAGUUUUUUUCAAGUAGUCUAGACUCCAUUGAACUUGAAAGUUAAUUUUAUCGUUUUUCAAUUGAAAUAUAAAGAAUACGGGGGACUGGUUUUGAGCAAUAUGUUAUGGGUUAAUAUAAUUUUUUUUUUUUUUUUU